CACAGAUAUCACGUAACACGCGUUUGAAUCCUAACCUUACGUAGGAAUCAAUAGCUUUGUAUUUAAUUAAUAUCUUGUAUCAAAUGACAUUUAAUUUUAUUGUUUACAUCAUUGAAAGAGAAGACAAAUUAGCGAUUAAAUUUCUGUAAUUGGUGUAUAUUUAAAAUAUAAGUUAUGGCGAGUACAGCUUUACGAGUUUUUACCAAAAAUGUAUCUUCACACGUGAAAAUUCGUUUUGAACAAGUUCGAUAUGGACAUCAUUUGCGAGGAAAACCACCGACAAUCGCUCUCACUUUGCAACAACGCCUCAAAUUGCUUAAAGAACCUGAAUUACCCAAAGUAAAUAUAGGAUUUUUUGUGCCAAAAAUUUCUAAGGAAAAAAAGGAGGCUAUAAUGGCUGAACGAAAAAAGAAACGAGCCAACAUAAAUUUUGAAAUGCAAAUAAGAAAUGAAAAGAUAUCUCUGAAUUUGGAAGAAGUAAAACAACUUUGGUUAGAAAUAUCUAGUCCAUAUGAUAUUCAUAAAAUUGCAACUCAUUAUGGCAUUUUUCAAGAUUUAUUUGGAGAUGCUUUCUUUUUACCUGUUGUACCACUUGAAAUCAGUUAUAAGAUAGAUGAUGAUACUUCAGUUAAAGUUUAUACAGGAAAUGUUAUAAAACCUGCAGAAGCAUCUGAAAUGCCAUAUGUUAAAUAUAAAGUUGAAGAUGAUACUUUAUGGACAUUAGUGAUGUGCACACCAGAUGGUAAUUUAGAAAAUUCAAACAAUGAAUAUUGUCAUUGGUUUUUAGGAAACAUUCCAGGGAAUAAAUUAGAAUUGGGUGAGCAAAUAAUAGAUUACAUGAAACCAUUUCCAGCUAGAGGUGUAGGUUAUUAUCGUUAUAUAUUUACUCUUUACAAGCAAAAUCAACGAUUAGAUUAUGUAGAAUACAAAAAAGAUCAACCUUGUUUAACAUUAAAAGAACGUAAUUGGAAUACGUUAGAAUUUUAUCGUAAAUAUCAGGAUUAUCUUACACCAGCUGGUUUAGCAUUCUUUCAAAGCGAUUGGGAUCCUACAGUAAAAGAGUUUUAUCAUUCAGUACUAAAUACCAAAGAGCCAAUAUUUCAAUAUGAUUUUCCAAAAUUAUAUGUUAAACCACAAACAUGGUUUCCAAAAAAAGAACCAUUUAAUCUUUAUUUGAAUAGAUAUAGAGAUCCUAGAGAUAUAAUGAAAGAAUAUUUAUUAAGAAGAUUACGUAACACUCAUCCUUUCAAAGAACCUGAACCACCUCUCAAGUAUCCCAACGCUAUUAAGUUCGAUAAGUACUUACCUUCCUGGUUGAAAAUACAAAUUCGAAAGGAACGAUUACAACGGGGCCGAAUUAAUGAUAUCUGAAAUCAAAUAUUUUAUAAAUAAGAAAUUUUAUAGCUUAAGUAAAUUGUAAAAUAUGUUUUUGUAAAUAAAUAAACAGAGAAUAUCAUGAAUGAAAAAAAUA